AUGGCUUCCGGCGGCGAUGCCCGGCUCAUGAAGUCGACCAAGUUUCCCCCAGAGUUCAACCAAAAGGUUGACAUGCAAAAAGUCAACGUGCACGUCGUGAAAAAGUGGAUCGCUGGUCGCAUCUCCGAGAUUCUCGGCAACGAUGACGACGUCGUUAUCGAGCUGUGUUUCGGCCUCGUUGAGGGAGCUCGCUAUCCUGACAUUAAAUCCACUCAGAUCCAACUCACGGGCUUCCUCGAAAAGGACACGGCCACAUUCUGCAAGGACCUAUGGAAGCUCCUCCUGAGCGCCCAGGCUAGCCCCCAGGGUGUUCCUAAGGAACUCCUCGAGGCUAAGAAGCAGGAGCUCAUGCAGGAAAAGACCGGGCAGCUGAAAAUUCCCACCGACGACGCGACCGCGAAACCUCCGACUUUGUGGACCGAGACCGACGUGAACGUACCCGCCCACCCUCGGGAUCUCGUGGUGGCCGCUGGGGCGAUAGGGGUGAUCGUGGCUUUGAUCGCGGCGGCGGCCGUGGUGGUGGUGGUGGCGGCGGCGGCGGAGCAGGCAGAGGCCGUUUCCGCUCUCGAUCUCCAGAUGACAGGGACCGGUUCUCGCGCGACCAGUAUGGUCGAGACAGCUACGUGCCACGAGGAGGUAGUGGGAGGGGCCGCGACAGGGGCCGCGACAGGGGCCGCGACCGUGGCCGUGACGGUGGCCGCCGUCGCACCAGAUCUAUCUCGGCAUCUGGCUCGUCCCGCUCACGCAGCCGCAGCCGUAGCAUCUCGAGCAACAAGAAUAGGCGCUCCGCGUCACCAAGGCGCCACAGUGGUCCAGGUCUUCUUCAGGCGGGGACAAACCCUCGAAGACUCGCAGCCGCAGCCGCAGCCGCAGCCACACCCGCCGGGACUCGCCACCGCCCAGGGCUAG